AUGAGCUCAUACUCAGAAUUGGUCAAAGGACUUGACGCAAGUCACAUCCUGUCGCAGUUCCAGGAUGUGAUCCCUCUUCAAAAAAGACCCAACACACACUCAAGCAGCUCGAGCGCAGAAGACAAUGGCGAUGUUGUUUUCGAGGGUCAUGACGAGGAGCAAAUCCGGCUCAUGUGCGAAAAUUGUAUCGUUGUUGAUUGGUCCGACCGCGCAGUAGGGGCUGGUACUAAAAAGCUGUGUCACUUGAUGACCAACAUUGAACUGGGCCUUCUGCACCGUGCGUUUUCCGUAUUCUUGUUCAACGAGCAGGGCCAGCUGUUGUUGCAGCAGCGCGCCACAGAAAAGAUCACCUUCCCAGAUCUGUGGACAAACACCUGCUGCUCUCACCCUCUCUGCGUGGACGAUGAGCUGGGACUGACCGGCACGCUGGACGACAAGGUCGCAGGCGCGCAGACCGCUGCGGUGCGGAAGCUGGAACAAGAACUUGGAAUUCCUAUGACCGAGACAGUGGCAAAGACUGACUUCCACUUUCUCAACCGUAUCCAUUACAAGGCGCCUAGCAAUGGUCCUUGGGGUGAGCAUGAGAUUGAUUACAUCUUUUUCUGCCAGCUUCGCGCUGGCCAGAGCUUGACUGUUGAGCCUAACCCUAACGAGGUCCGCGACUACAAGUGGGUGACUGCUGAGCAGCUCAAGAGCAUGUUCCAAGAUCCACAAUUUAAGUUCACACCAUGGUUCAAGCUUAUCUGCGAAAGCUACCUGUUCCAGUGGUGGGACCAGCUCUCGGACUUGUCUCAGGUGGAGAACGAUUCUCAAAUUCACCGCAUGUUGUAA